AGCGCGGAGGGAGAAGACGGGAGGGAGGGAGAAAGGCGGCUGGACGUGGUCGCGCGGGCGGGAGAGCGAGGGGGCGGACUCUGUUUGGCGCUUUCCGGUUUUUUUAAUUAUUUCUUUUUUUCCCCCCGCUUCCUGCCGGCGGAGAGACGUGGGUUGGUAGCGGCGAAGAAGGGCCCGGGCCUCGGUUCAAACCGGACUUGGUGGCGGGGGAGGGGCGGCCGCUCCUGCUCCUUCCUUCCUGGCUGGUGACGGACUGAGGCGGAGCGGCGCCUGCGUCACGUGACUCCAGGAGAGGCGCGCCCGGCUCCCGAGGCGGAGAGGAGCGAGCGCGCGAGGCCAAGAUGCACGGGGGCGCGCCCUCCGGGGACAGCGCGUGCCCGCUGCGCACCAUCAAGCGGGUGCAGUUCGGGAUCCUGAGUCCGGAUGAGAUGAAACGGAUGUCGGUGACAGAAGGGGGCAUCAAAUACCCUGAGACAACAGAAGGGGGGCGCCCCAAACUGGGGGGGUUAAUGGACCCUCGCCAGGGUGUCAUUGAACGGACCGGACGCUGCCAGACCUGUGCAGGCAACAUGACGGAGUGUCCCGGCCACUUUGGUCACAUUGAGCUGGCCAAGCCUGUCUUCCAUGUUGGCUUCCUAGGCAAGACCAUGAAGGUUCUGCGCUGCGUCUGUUUCUUCUGCUCCAAGCUGCUGGUGGACUCGAACAACCCAAAAAUCAAAGACAUCCUGGCCAAAUCCAAAGGACAACCCAAGAAGCGCCUGACCCACGUCUACGACCUUUGCAAAGGCAAGAACAUAUGUGAAGGCGGGGAGGAGAUGGACAAUAAGUUUGGUGUGGAGCAGCCGGAGGGCGACGAGGACCUUACCAAGGAGAAGGGCCAUGGUGGCUGCGGGCGCUACCAGCCGCGGAUCCGGCGCUCCGGCUUGGAGCUGUACGCCGAGUGGAAGCACGUCAACGAGGACUCCCAAGAGAAGAAGAUCCUUCUGAGCCCCGAGCGGGUGCACGAGAUCUUCAAGCGCAUCUCGGACGAGGAGUGCUUCAUCCUCGGCAUGGAUCCCAAGUUUGCGCGUCCGGAGUGGAUGAUCUGUACCGUGCUUCCUGUCCCGCCGCUUUCCGUGAGGCCGGCUGUUGUCAUGCAGGGCUCUGCCCGCAAUCAGGAUGACUUGACUCACAAACUCGCUGACAUCGUAAAGAUCAACAACCAGCUUCGGAGGAACGAGCAGAACGGAGCAGCUGCUCAUGUCAUCGCUGAAGAUGUGAAGCUGCUGCAGUUCCACGUGGCCACCAUGGUGGACAAUGAGCUCCCUGGGUUGCCCCGUGCUAUGCAAAAAUCGGGCCGUCCCUUGAAGUCACUGAAGCAGAGACUCAAAGGGAAAGAGGGGCGCGUGCGUGGGAACCUGAUGGGGAAGCGUGUGGAUUUCUCUGCCCGGACCGUCAUCACACCGGAUCCCAACCUGUCCAUCGACCAAGUGGGGGUUCCUCGCUCCAUCGCGGCCAACAUGACCUUUGCUGAGAUUGUGACGCCUUUCAACAUUGACCGGUUGCAAGAGCUGGUGCGCAGGGGGAACAGCCAGUACCCUGGAGCCAAGUACAUUAUCCGGGAUAACGGGGACAGGAUUGACCUCCGUUUCCACCCCAAAUCCAGCGACCUCCAUCUGCAGAUUGGCUAUAAGGUUGAACGGCACAUGUGUGAUGGGGACAUUGUCAUUUUCAACCGGCAGCCGACGCUGCACAAGAUGUCCAUGAUGGGGCACAGGGUCCGCAUCCUGCCCUGGUCCACCUUCCGCCUCAAUCUCAGCGUCACCACCCCUUACAACGCGGACUUCGAUGGUGAUGAGAUGAACCUACACCUCCCCCAGUCCCUCGAGACGCGGGCGGAGAUCCAGGAACUGGCCAUGGUGCCCCGUAUGAUCGUCACCCCCCAGUCCAACCGGCCGGUCAUGGGCAUCGUGCAGGAUACUCUGACAGCUGUCCGCAAGUUCACAAAGAGGGACGUCUUUCUGGAGAGGGGUGAAGUGAUGAACCUGCUGAUGUUCCUCUCCACCUGGGAUGGCAAAGUGCCUCAGCCGGCCAUCCUCAAGCCUCGGCCCCUCUGGACCGGGAAGCAGAUCUUCUCACUCAUCAUCCCUGGUCACAUCAACUGCAUCCGUACGCACAGCACCCAUCCGGACGAUGAAGACAGCGGCCCUUACAAACACAUCUCUCCUGGAGACACCAAGGUCAUUGUGGAAAACGGGGAGCUGAUCAUGGGCAUUCUGUGCAAGAAGUCUCUGGGCACCUCGGCGGGCUCCCUGGUCCACAUCUCCUACCUGGAGAUGGGCCACGACAUCACCCGCCUCUUCUACAGCAACAUCCAGACGGUCAUCAACAACUGGCUGCUGAUUGAAGGUCACACCAUCGGCAUCGGGGACUCCAUUGCUGACGCCAAGACCUACCAGGACAUUCAGAACACCAUCAAGAAGGCCAAGCAGGAUGUGAUAGAGGUCAUUGAGAAGGCCCACAACAACGAGCUGGAGCCCACACCUGGUAACACCCUGCGGCAGACGUUUGAGAACCAGGUCAACAGGAUCCUGAAUGACGCCCGAGACAAGACGGGUUCCUCCGCCCAGAAGUCCCUCUCCGAGUACAACAACUUCAAGUCCAUGGUGGUGUCGGGCGCCAAGGGCUCUAAGAUCAACAUCUCCCAGGUCAUUGCCGUGGUGGGCCAGCAAAACGUGGAAGGGAAGCGUAUCCCCUUCGGCUUCAAGCAUCGGACGCUGCCUCACUUCAUCAAGGAUGACUACGGUCCCGAGAGCAGGGGCUUUGUGGAGAACUCCUAUCUGGCUGGCCUCACCCCGACCGAGUUCUUCUUCCACGCCAUGGGAGGCCGAGAGGGAUUGAUCGACACAGCUGUCAAAACAGCAGAAACAGGUUACAUCCAGCGCCGACUCAUCAAGUCUAUGGAGUCAGUGAUGGUGAAGUACGACGCCACCGUGCGCAACUCGAUCAACCAGGUGGUGCAGCUGCGCUACGGCGAGGAUGGGCUGGCCGGGGAGAGUGUGGAGUUCCAGAACCUGGCCACCCUCAAGCCUUCCAACAAGGCCUUCGAGAAGAAGUUCAAAUUUGACUACACCAACGAGCGGGCCCUGCGGCGCACCCUGCAGGAGGAGAUGGUGAAGGACAUCCUGAGCAACGCUCACAUCCAGAACGAGUUGGAGAGGGAGUUUGAGAAGAUGAAGGAGGACCGGGAGGUGCUGAGGGUCAUUUUCCCCACGGGAGACAGCAAGGUGGUUCUUCCUUGCAACCUGCUGCGGAUGAUCUGGAACGCCCAGAAGAUCUUCCACAUCAACACUCGCCUUCCGUCUGACUUGCACCCCAUUAAGGUGGUGGAGGGGGUGAAGGAGCUCAGCAAGAAGCUGGUGAUUGUGAAUGGUGACGAUCCCCUGAGUAAGCAGGCCCAGGAGAACGCCACGCUGCUCUUCAACAUCCACCUGCGCUCCACCUUGUGCAGCCGGCGCAUGAUUGAGGAGUUCCGCCUGAGCGGCGAAGCCUUUGACUGGCUCCUGGGUGAAAUCGAGUCCAAGUUCAACCAGGCCAUCGCUCACCCAGGCGAGAUGGUGGGCGCUCUGGCUGCCCAGUCCCUGGGAGAACCGGCCACCCAGAUGACCCUCAACACCUUCCAUUACGCUGGUGUCUCGGCCAAGAACGUGACGCUGGGUGUGCCUCGACUCAAGGAGUUGAUCAACAUCUCCAAGAAGCCCAAGACCCCCUCACUGACCGUCUUCCUGCUGGGCCAGUCGGCUCGCGAUGCCGAGAGGGCCAAGGACAUUCUUUGCCGCCUCGAGCACACGACCCUCCGCAAGGUGACGGCCAACACUGCCAUCUAUUACGACCCCAACCCUCAGAACACGGUGGUGGCCGAGGAUCAGGAGUGGGUGAACGUUUACUAUGAGAUGCCUGACUUUGAUGUGGCCCGCAUCUCUCCGUGGCUGCUUCGGGUGGAGCUGGACCGCAAGCACAUGACGGAUCGCAAGCUCACCAUGGAGCAGAUCGCCGAGAAGAUCAAUGCUGGCUUUGGAGAUGACCUUAACUGCAUUUUCAAUGAUGACAACGCUGAGAAGCUGGUCCUGCGGAUCCGUAUCAUGAACAGCGAUGAGAACAAGAUGCAGGAGGAAGAAGAGGUGGUGGACAAGAUGGACGACGAUGUUUUCUUGCGUUGCAUCGAAUCCAACAUGCUGACAGAUAUGACACUCCAGGGUAUUGAGCAGAUCAGCAAGGUGUAUAUGCAUCUGCCCCAGACGGACAAUAAGAAGAAGAUCAUCAUUACGGAAGACGGGGAGUUCAAGGCCUUACAAGAGUGGAUUCUGGAGACGGACGGCGUGAGCCUUAUGCGAGUGCUGAGCGAGAAGGACGUGGACCCAGUCCGCACCACUUCCAAUGACAUUGUGGAGAUCUUCACGGUGCUGGGGAUCGAGGCCGUGCGCAAGGCCCUGGAGAGGGAGCUGUACCACGUCAUCUCCUUUGACGGCUCCUACGUCAACUAUCGCCACCUGGCGCUGCUGUGCGACACCAUGACGUGUCGCGGACACUUGAUGGCCAUCACCCGGCAUGGCGUCAACCGUCAGGACACGGGGCCCCUGAUGAAGUGUUCCUUUGAAGAGACGGUUGACGUCUUGAUGGAAGCGGCUGCUCAUGGCGAAAGCGACCCCAUGAAAGGUGUCUCGGAGAACAUCAUGCUGGGUCAGCUCGCCCCAGCAGGGACUGGCUGCUUCGACCUCCUAUUAGAUGCGGAGAAAUGCAAAUACGGGAUGGAGAUCCCCACCAACAUCCCUGGGUUGGGCGUUGGAGGGCCUACCGGCAUGUUCUUUGGCUCGGCUCCAAGCCCCAUGGGUGGAAUGUCGCCUGCCAUGACCCCCUGGAAUGUCGGGGCCACUCCCGCGUACGGAGCGUGGUCUCCUAGUGUCGGUAGCGGAAUGACUCCCGGGGCAGCUGGCUUUUCACCCAGUGCUGCUUCCGAUGCCAGCGGCUUCAGCCCAGGGUAUUCUCCAGCCUGGUCACCCACCCCAGGGUCUCCGGGGUCUCCAGGGCCAUCUAGCCCAUACAUCCCAUCACCUGGUGGAGCGAUGUCUCCCAGCUAUUCCCCAACAUCUCCCGCCUACGAACCCCGCUCCCCAGGAGCGUAUACGCCCCAGAGCCCCAGCUACAGCCCCACUUCGCCUUCCUACAGCCCCACAUCUCCCUCGUACUCCCCUACUAGUCCAAAUUACAGCCCCACCAGCCCCAGCUACAGCCCCACAUCUCCAAGUUACUCUCCAACCAGCCCCAGCUACAGCCCCACAUCCCCUAGCUACAGCCCCACCAGCCCCAGCUACAGCCCCACAUCUCCCAGCUAUUCCCCCACUAGCCCCAGUUACAGCCCAACCAGCCCCAGUUACAGCCCAACUUCACCCAGUUACAGCCCCACCAGCCCCAGCUACAGCCCAACAUCACCCAGCUACAGCCCAACCAGCCCCAGCUACAGUCCAACGUCCCCUAGCUACAGCCCCACCAGUCCUAGUUACAGCCCGACCAGCCCCAAUUACAGCCCAACAUCUCCAAAUUAUACACCCACUUCUCCCAGCUACAGCCCGACAUCUCCCAGCUACAGCCCAACGUCUCCCAACUACACACCGACGUCUCCCAACUACAGCCCGACCUCGCCCAGCUACUCUCCAACCAGCCCCUCCUACAGCCCGACCUCGCCCAGCUACUCUCCGUCUAGCCCCCGCUACACCCCGCAGUCUCCCACCUACACCCCGUCGUCCCCUAGCUACAGCCCCAGUUCGCCCAGUUACAGCCCCACCAGCCCCAAAUACACCCCAACCAGCCCAUCUUAUAGCCCCAGCUCCCCAGAGUACACCCCGACCUCGCCCAAGUACAGCCCGACCUCGCCCAAGUACAGCCCCACCUCUCCGACCUACAGCCCGACCACCCCGAAGUACAGCCCCACCAGCCCUACCUACUCUCCGACCUCGCCCGUCUACACCCCGACCUCGCCCAAGUACAGCCCGACGAGUCCCACUUACUCGCCCACCUCGCCCAAGUACAGCCCAACUUCGCCGACUUAUUCGCCCACCUCCCCGAAAGGUUCCACCUAUUCGCCGACUUCCCCAGGCUACAGCCCGACGUCGCCGACCUACAGCCUCACCAGCCCAGCCAUCAGUCCGGACGACAGCGAUGAAGACAACUGAGGGGGUGAAGGGGACAGGCCGGCUCUCGCCCCGCAGAUCGGUCGGGGUGUGAUUUCCGGCUUCCGUGCUUUGCGAUUUGAUGAAACCCU